CAUUGGCAUGCGGCGCCCGGCAGGACUGCAUCACUGCUAGAGCCGAUGCCGGCACAGAGCCUGGUGCACCGCACACCGCUCUGCGCUGCACCGCCCGCAACUUGGGGUGCCCCAGCGGAAAGGGACAGCGCUUUCGGGGGCUGCUCGGCGGGCUGGAAAGAGGGGAAAUGGCUGGCGAAGAGCUACGAUGAAGUAUUUCCUACUUCUGCAGAUGACCUUCACCACCAAGAUGCAUCAGGAAAAACCUGUCACAUCCUCCUAGCUCCCUGGCUGUGCAAUUUGCUGUUCCCUUGCUGUUCACCAGACAGCAGCUCUUCCCACCCAAAGCACAGAAAAAGCCAGCAAGUCACAAAUGACAGCUGAAAAGUGAAGCAUUAUCAAGAGCUGUGUGAGACUGUCAAAGAGAAUCUUGCUGUAGUAAUUCUCCCCCUGAGCCUGGAAAGCUGCAUCCCAGUGGUUCCAAAGAAGCAGAGAGAGGAGAUGCUCAAGUAACCAAUAGCAGAAACUGCACAAAUCAAUACAGAGAUUAGAGUAGCCACAGGAAGUCAUCUACAGCAUUUAGAACUCUCCAUUCAGGAUGGAUGAUGGAUACAGAAACACAAACCUCUACCAAGGGGGCAGGGAGGCAAACCAAGAUGACUACAGGUACCAGGACGGUAACUAUGAAGGGUACACACCCAAUGACGGCUACUACCGUGGUGGGGAUGAACCCACUCAUGAAGAGGACGCUCAGAGUGAUGUUACAGAAGGCCACGAUGAAGAUGAUGAGGUCUAUGAAGGGGAGUACCAAGGGAUCCCACACCCAGAUGACAUUAAGGAGAAGCAGAAGAAGCGAGCUCCUGCUGUGGACGAUGACUACAGAGACCGCGCUGACCUUAUGGCAGAGAGGAUGGAGGAUGAGGAGCAGCUUGCCCACCAGUAUGAGAACAUCAUUGAGGAGUGUGGCCAUGGACGCUUCCAGUGGACUCUCUUCUUUGUUUUAGGGUUGGCACUGAUGGCAGAUGGGGUGGAGGUGUUUGUGGUCGGAUUUGUUCUUCCCAGUGCUGAGAAGGAUAUGUGCUUAUCCAGCUCGAACAAAGGGAUGCUAGGCUUGAUAGUCUACUUGGGAAUGAUGGUGGGAGCUGUCCUGCUGGGUGGCCUCGCUGAUAAGCUGGGAAGGAAGAAAUGCCUCAUCAUAUCACUUGCAAUCAACGCUGCCUUUGCACUCCUUUCCUCCUUUGUCCAGGGCUACGGAUUCUUCCUCUUCUGCCGCCUUAUCUCAGGCCUCGGGAUCGGGGGAUCCCUCCCCAUUGUGUUUGCCUAUUUCUCUGAGUUCCUGUCUCGUGAGAAGAGAGGAGAACACCUGAGCUGGCUUUGCAUGUUCUGGAUGAUUGGUGGCAUUUUUGCUUCAGCCAUGGCUUGGAGCAUCAUCCCACAUUAUGGUUGGGGGUUCAGUAUGGGAACCAAGUACCACUUCCACAGCUGGAGAGUCUUUGUACUCGUCUGUGCUCUGCCCUGCAUCGCCUCCCUGGUGGCGCUGAAAUUCAUGCCUGAGAGCCCGCGGUUUUUGCUGGAGAUAGGUAAGCACGAUGAAGCCUGGAUGAUCCUCAAGCAAGUUCAUGACACCAACAUGCGGGCCAAGGGUGAGCCAGAGAAGGUCUUUACGGUUUCCUAUAUCAAAACUCCAAAGCAAGUAGAUGAAUUCAUUGAAAUCCAGAGCUCAACAGGGACCUGGUACCAGCGCUGGCUGGUCAGAAUCACGACUACUCUCAAACAGGUCUGGGACAACGUGCUCUACUGCUUAACAGCCCAGUACAGGAUGAACACACUGAUGCUGGCUGUGGUUUGGUUUACAAUGGCCUUAAGUUACUAUGGCCUUAUUGUCUGGUUCCCUGACAUGAUUCGCUAUCUCCAAGAUGAGGCCUAUGAAUCCCGAGUGAAGAUCUUUGAUGAGGAGGAAGUGUCACACUUCACCUUUAAUUUCACCCUGGAAAACCAGAUCCACAGAAAUGGGGAGUACAGAAAUGAUAAAUUCAUUGGCAUGAAAUUCAAGGAGGUGAGGUUUGAGGAUUCAUUAUUUGAGGACUGCUACUUUGAGGAUGUGACAUCCAGCGAGACCUUCUUUGAGAACUGCACCAUCAUCUCCACUGUCUUCUAUAACACUGAUCUCUAUGAACACAAAUUCAUCAACUGCAGGCUCAUCAACAGCACGUUUAUGAAGGAGAAAGAAGGCUGUCACUUGGACUUUGAGGAGGACAAUGAUUUCCUGAUCUACCUGGUCAGCUUCCUGGGCAGCCUGUCUGUGCUGCCAGGCAACAUCAUCUCUGCAUUACUGAUGGACAAAAUAGGGAGGAUAAAGAUGAUUGGUGGCUCCAUGUUGAUCUCAGCAGUGUGUUGCUUCUUCCUCUUCUUUGGCAACAGCGAAUCAGCAAUGAUCGGCUGGCAGUGCCUCUUCUGCGGGGCCAGCAUUGCCGCCUGGAAUGCCCUGGACGUGAUCACUGUGGAGCUCUACUCCACUGACAAAAGGGCAACAGCCUUUGGCAUUCUCAAUGGGCUUUGCAAGUUUGGUGCCAUCCUGGGGAAUUCAAUCUUUGCCUCCUUCGUAGGAAUAACCAAGGUGGUCCCCAUCCUUCUGGCAUCCUCCGCUCUGGUUGGAGGUGGUCUGCUCGCUUUGCGCCUGCCAGAGACUCGAGAUCAGGUCCUGAUGUGAGCAACUGAAGCCAGGGGCAUCAGGGGGUGCAGACACAGAAGAACAGAUAAGAGCCAGUUUGGGAGAAGCCAAAAUGUCCAUUUUUACACCAUUCUGUCAAUACCUCAAAGAGAGAGGGCAGAGGGAAAGAAGAACCCAAAGGCAUAAAACUUCAACCCCUAGUUUCUGACCCUUUUACAGCCACAACUGGUGCAUGCAGCUCCCACACACCCCUUGCAGAGCUUGGGUUUAACCUUGCCUACGCUGGGAGUCUACCUUUCCCCUCUCCAUCCUGGUGUACCAACACAGGACACGGACAGCAGCUUUGUGCAUGUGUGUGCCUGUGUGGUGUGAGCGUGUCCAGCAGGAGAGCAGAUCCUCACCCCUUUAUGCCUUUGCUGAGCUGCGAGAUACCUCCUGCCUUGCCCAGCGCUCCUUGGCGUUUCCUACCAGCUGUGUUCAGACACAAGGGCAGGUAACAAAACUACUGUAGCUGAGCUCCAGCAGUAGGGACAAGAGCUACAAUUGUGACUAGUGACCCUAGCUGGCUUGAUUUUUGGGGUUACCCACUGAAAGAGUGACAGGGUUCUUAUUUCUGAGGGUAUGAGGGCGAGUGCUUGGCGCUCUCAUAAGAAUUGGAGUUGCAAAGCCCUUUACUGUCUUGUCUUGGGCAUAGACAAUCAAUAAGCACCUUCUUGGUCUGGGAGAGAAAUGUAUACAUGAUAUAUAUAUAUAUAUUUAUGUGUUUACACAUAAAUCUAUACAUAUUGAAGUGAUCAGGUAUUGGAAUUCAUAGUUUGUAGUUUCUGCACCCUCAAGAAGAUCUUGAGAGGCACUUAAGUCUUAGCCCAUUAAUUCAAGAUUAACUGGAGUCACAACCAGUUCAGUGACACUUUAUAUCCAGACACAAACUAUUCCAGUGCAUUGAUGGUGGGGAAUGUGUAUUUCUAUGGUGAUGCUGAAGAAUUUUCUUUGCCCUACAACUUUCACAGAGGAGAAAUUCCAAUGAUGUUGGAGCACUCCCACAAACCAAAUGUGUACAUAUUAAUCUGGUGUAAAUAGGAGAUGGUUUUGGUCUGAUACCUAGAGUAUGGUAACUGUGAAUUUACCAGCAUUUUAGCCAUAUGGUUUGAAGACUCUGAUGCUUGAUUUUAUUAUCUACCUGGGUCUCAUUGAAGCACUCUAAGCACAGCUACUUAAAGCCAUUUAACUCACUACACAGGGAAUGAGCACAGCAAGCUCUCACUGGACAGAGCAGCAAAUUCUCCAGGAAGGGGCAUGGUUCAGUUUGAUCUCCUGUACAAACCAUUCCUGAAACUCAUGUGCCCCUUUUUCAGCAUAUGACUUUAAGGCCUGGUGCACCUAGAAAAUGAGUGAGUUGUGCAUUUUUGGGAUACACUUUCUCAGGAAGCAUAGGAUGAAACACACACUGGUGCAGAACACAUCGAUGCUCACGAGUGGCUGGGUAGUGAUAAUUAGACCCUUCCAACAAGCUCAGCAAUAGGCAAGAACUGAUCAGAAACUGUCACAUCACGCAGCAGAUCUGUCUCACUAGGAGGUUUUUGUGACAUAAAAAGUGUUUUGUUCUC